AGUCACAACCGCAACCCUUACGACGCGCUGUAGACUCGGAUGACGAGUCCACCGUCCGACCGCCACGUUCCGUUGCGAGCACCCGCGGCAGGGGUACUCCUGUGCCUCUUCCGACCAAGACCGAGCGGCCAAGGAUCGCGCCCGUAGAACCAAGAACGCCGGUAUCUUCGCAGGAGAGUAUAUCGACCAUCUCGUCGGCGUCAAGCUCUUCCGAUGCCGCCUCAUCUGCUUCGAGAGCGAGGAUGAAGGACAAGGUCGACUGGUACUUGGAGUUCGAUAAGCUGCCUGCGACAGUCGAAAUGCGGCACGGUCCCAUCCCGUUCGAAGUCCUGUCGCAGCAGCUGGGUUUCGAUGGGGAAAUUGAAAUGGAAAUAGAAAGCUUGGAGACAACUCCUGGAUAUGAUACGCGCAUGUUCACGGGGGCGGAUGUGGCCUUUGCGUUUAGGCCAUACGUCCUGGAGGGCCCUGACUCGACGUGCCUCAUUGGGUGGGGCAGCGCGGAGAUGGUAAAGCGUCUCGAGGCGUCGACCAAGACGCUCGGGGACAUGAACCUGUUCAUAUGGCCUAUGAAGCAGGACGCGGGCUGGUUCUACGUCGGCCUGCACUCGUUUACGUUCGUGGAAAUAGGGCCUAUGUGGUCUAAGCUACGUAAGACGGACAAACAGCGACUCCUCGCGGAGCUCAGCGAGCGAAACCCUGACAUGGACACGGCGAAGUUCCGCAAGGACGUCAAAGAGGGUAGGAUCCAGCAGUACUGCCUCGAGCUGGAGAGCCUGGGUCGCGCAGAGUCCCUGGAUUUCAUGCGCGAGUACGGGUUGCUUGCCGGCGACUAGAGACUGCAAGGCUUUCUCAAGUUGUUGGGUUUCGAACUUGAACAUCAUCUGUCGGUAUGUCCUUGUAUUUCGUUUGAUAUACCCUUCACGCGCGUUCCAGGGAGCCCACGGAUUUUGUUUCGAUAUUUAUGCAGCGUUGUACAAGCCUGGAAU